GGUAGCGAAAGCCUCUUCGUUCAGAACUUUCAUCACUCCGCAGCAGUCAGGAGACAUAACCACAUACGACUCACUCCUUUCUUUCUCUCUCUCCAGAUCUAAACUCCAUUCCUUCUCUCUCCCAAAUCUUCACUUUCUCUCUCCAAUCUCUGAGAUUCUCAGCAAACUUAAACUCUUUACAGACAUAAAAUCUCCAACUAUAUGGUCUCAUAAACUAUAUAUAUUAUACGUUUUGUACCGCAUAUUCAUCGGAGCAUUUUUAGUUGCUAUUUCUUUCUUUUCGGAUCGAUAACUUAUUGUAUUCGACUUAAUUAGGGUUUCUCUAACUAUGGCAUCUGCUACUGUGUCUGCGUUUGAGGUUGGUUCGUAUUUUAUUACUCAAUAUUAUAAGGUUCUUAAGGAAUCGCCGGAGUAUUCUCAUCAGUUUUACAAUGAUUCUAGUACCUUGACUCGAGUUGAUGGUGAUGAUACUCAAACUGCUUCUACUAUGGUGGAUAUUUAUGCAGUACUUACUUCUCUAAAUGUUAGCGGUGUUGAAGUGACAAAGUUAAAUUGCCAAGACUCAUGGCAUGGUGGCAUUCUGCUUAUCGUAUCGGGCGUCGUGAGGUCGAGAAACUUCAGUGGCAAGAGGACGUUUACGCAGGCCUUCUUUUUAGCUCCCCAGGAGAAGGGUUAUUUUGUCCUAAAUGAUAUUCUUCAGUUCAAUGAUGAGGUCUUAGUUAAUCAGCAUCCAGUGCCUGAAGUACCUGAAGUCAAGGUCGAUUCUGAAUUACCUGCAUCCAGUCCUCGCUUAGAGCAGCCAGUAUCUAAUUACGAGUUGGAGGAAGAGACCAGGGAGUACGUGAAUACAAUCCAUAUUGCAGAAGAUAAUCCUGUUGACAAAUAUAGCCUCCCUGACGAAGAGCAACAUGAAGAGCCUCUUUCAGAAACCGUUGUCAAAGAAGCUCCUGUUGAAGAAUUUUCUCCACCUGAGAAUUCUCUGAACCAUAUGAAUUAUGUGGAAGACUUAAUACCAAUUCCAGCUGAUGAGCCUGCUGGGGAGCCCGCCAAACUAUCAUAUGCUUCCAUUCUGCGAGCAUCAAAAGCGCAGUUUCCACAACCAGCUGUUUCCCAACCUACUGCAGCAAGGCACAGCAUGCCAUCUCCACCAGAGCAGCAGCAGAAGGUGCAAGCAAAUGCCCCACAAUUAAACCCAUCAGCGUCAUCAUUUGUUCCCGAGGCAGCUGGUGUUGGGACGGAUGAAGGCUUAAUUCAAGACGAAGGUGUUCUCAUGUCUGUCUACGUAAGGAGCCUGCCUUUAAAUGUAACAACUGCUGAUCUUGAGAAGGAGUUCAAAAAGUUUGGUAGAAUCAAACCAAAUGGAGUAUUCAUUAGAAAUCGCAAGGAAAUUGGUGUUUGCUUUGCAUUUGUUGAAUUUGAGGACAUGUCUGGUGUUCAUAAUGCAAUCAAGAGUUCACCUAUAGAGAUGCUGGGUAGACAAGUUUACAUUGAAGAGAGGAGAGCAAGCAGCAACAGCAGUUCUCGCGGUGGAGUUGUAGCAAGGGGCAGAGGCCGAGGCAGUUACCAAAACAACACGUCAAGGGGACGUGGUGGGGUUAGAAACCCUGGUCGAGGAAAUGGCCUUGACGGUAACGAUUACAAUAGGGUCAGAGGCAAUGGCUACUAGCAGCAUACUCCCCAUCAAACAAAGCGCAUGCGAAGCAUUUAUCUUGAUCACGGGGUUGGGUGGUGAAGAUUAACGCUACAUUAUUGCUCAUUCUCUGUUGGUGUUCCUGUCUGUUUGGUUGUUAGUGAUGGACAUUUAGGUCUCCACCCUUGAUCUAGGGUUAAACCCUAAUGUGAGGGGAAUGGGAAGCAUAAAUUAGUUUAUAAUUUCUUUUGAAGGCAUGUACGCUGCUUUCGUCCCCAUAUGUUUUUCAUCUUUGUGGGGUUCUUUUUGAAUUUUCUGCCAAAGGUUUGAUUAUCUGGCUGCCUUGUCUUGAUUUUGUGGUACCAGAAUUUUGGUUAAUUUUACUAAUGAGAUACAAUUGAGCUUGAUUUGGAUA